AUGGGUUCUCUUUCGUUUACGGCUGCAAAUGCAAUUAUCUGGCCUACAUACGUUAUCUUACUGGUGACGGCAUCGAUAGUGGCCUAUUGGAAACGUGACGCCAAGACGUUUCUGUCGGCCAACGGUACUCAGAAGGGACUGCCAUUGGCAUUCAACUUUGUGGCAUCCGGGCUGGGGUGUGGUGUGCUGACGGCGUACCCUCAGAUCGCUAACAUCGACGGUUUGCAAGGUUUGUUGGUGUAUGCACUAGCUGGUGGGUUGCCUAUGUUUUUGUUUGCGUUCUUUGGGCCUUUGCUGAAGAAAAAGACCCCUCAUGGCUUUGUCCUGACCGAGUGGGUUUUCGACAGAUACGGUCGCGCUUGCGGGCUGUACCUGGGUGCGUGCACGAUUUUGACCGUGUACCUGUUCAUGGUGUCAGAAGUUGCAUCUUUGAAAUACGCCAUUGAGACACUGACGACCAUGAAGGCGCUGCCAGUGAUCAUCAUCGAGUGUGUGGUCACUACAAUCUACACGACCAUCGGUGGUUUCCAUAUCUCGUUCAUCACCGACUCUUUGCAAGUCAGCAUCGUAUUCCUUCUUCUGAUUAUCGUUGCGUGCGCCAUGGGUAGUUACAUUGACAUUGACAAGUCUAAAAUUGGACCAUCUGGCCUUCUUAAGGCCAACAAGCUUGGUUGGCAAUUAAUCUACAUUUUGGUCGUCGCUAUCUUCACCAAUGACUUCUUCAUGAGUGGUUUCUGGCUGCGUACCUUUGCCGCUCGGACCAACAAGGAUUUGAUCAUCGGUUGUUCCAUUGCUGCCUUUAUCCUGGUAGUGUUUGUGACCGUUGUUGGUGUUACUGGGUUCAUUGCUGUGUGGGCCGGUUUCGUCGAGGUGGCAGAUGAGGAAAACUCUGCCGCGUGUUUCUUCAUUCUUCUUGCCCAGCUCCCAUCCUGGGUCAUGGGUUUCACAUUGGUGUUUGUUGCUGUCUUGUCGACGUGUACUUUAGACUCUCUACAGAGUGCCUUGGUGUCCACUAUCUCCAAUGAUGUCUUCAGAAACAAAUUACCUAUUAUGUACGUUCGUGGUAUCGUCGUCUUGAUUAUGGUGCCCGUCGUCGUGGUUGGUCUGAUUGCGGAAGAUGUUUUAACAAUCUAUUUGAUUGUCGACUUGCUUUCCAGUAGUGUCGUGCCUAUUCUGAUGCUAGGUCUUUCUUCCAAGUUCGACUUCCUCACCGCUUGGGAGGUCAUCGGAGGUGGCCUUGGUGGUCUUUUCGGCGUUUGGAUCUUUGGAACUGUGUACUACGACUCACCAAAAGAAGGUGGUAAGCUUCUGCUAAUUUGGAAUGGUCUCUACAUUAACGACUGGUCUGCGUUUGGUGCAUUUGUAGUGGCCCCAUUUGGUGGACUUUUGGCUGGUUUCCUCAUUCUCGCCCUCAGAUCCGCAAUUCGCUACAUUUACUGCAGACGCAAGGGCAUCGAAUUCGAUGUCUUCACCAAGAAAGUUGUUUACGAUGACAGACUCGUCGAGACUGAUUCAGUGUCCAAGAAGUCUAAUACUCGUGAAACCGUCGAGGAAAUAUCCUGA